ACAACAGCAACAUGAACUUCCCCCAAAAAUGUUUCAAGACUUCAGACUGUUCGCGAGCAUGUCAAGAAUUUGUGCAUUUUAAUUAAAGAAUUUAACACUUUGUUUAGACUUUUACUUCGCCUGUCAAAGCGUACAAAAAUUAAAUAAAAACGAAAAAACUUUUCUUCAGUAAUAAACAAAAACGUUCUUUGUGUCUUUGUUGUCGUAAACGAAGAAAAAAGUAAUUUCGUGGUUUUGAACUUUACAAAGAACUUACUCCAUUCAGUGCCCUAAAUGUUACAAUUAAUAUUAGAUUACCAUAUGUUCCAGUUGUAGGAAGGGCUCCAUAAACUUCACUGUAUAUGUCGUUCGGAUGGGGCAGCAAAAGCUUCAAUCAUUUAUGCAACUGUGCACACAUUUUCCAUUAAACUCAUCUCGUUUUUCGAAUAAAUAAAAAAAAUUAAAAUAAUGUAAAUAACUUCUGUUUGAAAGACGCUUUAUUUUUACAUUUGAUGUUUUUUGAACUUCUAGACUUUACUAUCAGAAAAUACAUCGGACGAUCAUCAUUGGCCGCGUGAACUGAUCUUACUACGUGAAAAGUUUACAGCAAAAAGUCAACUGGAAAUUGCUCAACUGCAAAUUAAACAUGAAGAAGAGAUGUCGCGCUUAAAACUGGAGUACGAGAAACAAUUAAAUCGCAAAAACAAACGUCACACAACGUUUGAUUUGGCGCGAAAUUAUGAAGAAAUCAUCAGUGAACGUGAUGGUUUACGGGAGUUGUCAUGCGCCUUUCGAUAUGUGCUCUCCGAAUUGGCAAAAUGUGUCUCACAGUGUGAAGAAGAUGCAAACACUACUUUAGUUGAUGAAGUGCAACGUAUUUUGGCAAAUAAUCGUACUUUGGAAGAACAUGUAGACGAUUUAGAUUUUAAUCUUAACAUGACAUUAAACACUACUCUGAAUUCUACUUCGAAAAAUAUGCGUUUUGUGCCUGAUGUACAAAAUAUAUUAGAAGUCGUAGAGGAUCCGAGUCUGCUACAAUACAUAAGUAACAAAAGUGGCGAGUGUAAUGAUGAAUUUGACUUGAAAGAUUGCUUGCAACGUUUAAAAACAGAGGCUUCUUAUUUGCUACAUCUAUCAGAAGACUUACAAAACCGUCGUAAACGCCAAAGAAGUGAAUCUAGUGGUGGUGAGAAAAGUGAUAGUUGUUGUGAAGCAGAAAGUGAUCUGAAGGAACGCUCGUUUAUAAAAACUCGUAAAUUUUUGCGUACAAACUCUUUAAAUGAGCAACACUUGACCACCUAUCAAAAAACAGUCACAACAAAAACACAGCUCAAUUCCUUGCCACCUGAUUUGAAUACUAUACGUGUUCAAGGUUCUGGUACCUCUUCCACAUCUGGUGGUAAUGUUUCUGAAAUUAAUUUCCAAUUGCAUGAAUUGAAGAAUCGACUUAUCAAAUCCGAGUCGGAUCGUUUAAAGUUACAACAAGAAUUGGAACAUACCAUACAUCGUAAUGCUGAAUUAGGACAGGAGUUGCAAAAUUUACGUGAUCAAAUAUCGCAAUUAAAUUCACUAAAUCAUACCGAUUAUGCAGAAGGUUAUGGUCUUGGUUCGCUUAAAAGCCCACGUCAAUCCGGCAUUGAUCAGUCUUCUAGUUUUGCGCAACUGCAAGAAAAAGCACGUAACAUUCUCUCUACACCUACGCAGAAGAAGGAUGAUAAUAACACAACGGUUGUCCUUUUACAAAUGAUAGAAGAUUUCUGUCGUGAAGGUGAAAAAGUUGUUGAAUGUAAUAAAAAGGAUAGAGACGAUUUGCAAUCCCAG